AUGAGGCGUGCACUCCCCCUCAGUUUUUCAGGCUUCUUUUUAGACAAAUGUGACUCCAUACGCCAACGUCCCACCGGGGAAAUUUUCAUCGGGGGACUUAUCACGAUCAUAGGUCGAGCCGUCGGCCUAGACUUCCCGGAUCCCGAGUACAUACCUGUCGACACCCCACCGAACUUCCUGCUAGAUUGUGACACUCUCAUCCGGAUGGAGAUGUUGCUCGAUCGGGGAACCCGCACGUACAGUUGGCGACCCCGACACUUGGCUUCCUCCAGAUCAGUUAACCAAGCAGGUGUAUUCCCAGAAUUCAGUGAUGAUGAGGGUGACGACGCAGAGGAACAAGAGGAAGAAGAUGACGAAGAGGACGACGAGAUGCCCGAAGCUGAGGACCAUUUUGACCAGCCCUCGAUGCAGCAGCCGAUGUUUCAGCAUGAUCAAUUCCAGGCCCCUCCACAACAUUUUGACCAGCCGCAUUAG